CGACGACGACGACGACGGCUUAGUCUCUCAAAACAACCAACCAGCUUGCGCUUUGGAGAGUUUUUUAUGAAACGCUGUCGCGUUUUUUUCCGCCGCCGCACUAAUUAGAGAUAGUAGGAAAGUCAUCAAAUCGAUAUUUCUAUAGUUGCAAGGAUCAGGAGAGGGGAGGAUCAGCGGCGUUGUUCACUCGGCCAUUGUCCUUCGUACUACAGUGAUUUCCGCGAACGCGAACUCGAAAAAGGAGACGUACGAACGGGAGGUGUACAGCGGCAGAGGAGCACGAUGAAGGGGUGGCAUUUCAUUUUCGAUUGACCCAUAACAAUUGUCGAAUUGUUUAUAACAUUCUUGGAAAUUAGAAAGAAACUAUUUCUAAAACGUUUUUAUUUUUUUUCUUUUUCCAAUAAUUUUCCUAAUUAUCUUUCAUUCCGCUGCUGGUUCUUUUUUUGCAUCAAAUUUUCCAGUAAUAUAUGUUAUUUGCAUAUAUAUAAUCGAGUUUGUGUAUAUAGUAUAAUUUUAUUUCGGUGGCUCAUCGACGUCUCCCGUAGUAGGAGGUUUCUCGAACGCAGUGAAAAAAAAACGUGUGAUCGACAUGAAAUAUGCGUCCUGCAUGAUAAAUAAAAUGGGAUUCGUAUUCCAAUUUUUAUUUUAUUUUCCUUAAAGUGUGCAACGUUCAUGAUUUUUUCAAUUUAAUCAAUUGGAAAAUAAUAUCCGGCUGUUGAUACGGGGUCAAUUAAAUUGGCGUGUUUUUCUUCAAUAAUGGUAUUGGGGAGAAAUGACAAGAGAAAAAGGAAAGAAGGGGAUCUCGUGGAUCUUAUGGAUCCACUGUCCGAGUCACCAAAAAGGACUAAAGUGCACGCGCAGAGAAAAUUUGCUCAAGGAGCAGCAACCGUUUUUAGCCCAACUCCUUCAUUGGUCAAAGAAAAGGAAAAAACAAAAUCAGCGGUUGUCACCGAAUUGAUAACGCACAAGCGACCAAAUACCGAAGAUUUUCUCACCUUCCUAUGCUUUCGGGGAACAUCUAUAUUACCGCCAAGUUUGAAUUUCUUCAACGUUGGAUCUCGAAAAGAUAGAACAGAGGGUAAAAGCGGUGGCUCUGCCAAAACUGGAACGAAAACAUCGUCUACGUCGUCCGCUUCGGGGAGCGGCUGCGUGAUUUUAGGAAAAGGAGAACCGGGCGGAAGUAUACGGAGCAAAGGCGCAACAAAGAGUUCGACAACGAUGAAGAAAAAAGUGGUAGGAAACGUGGCAUCGACGACGCUGAGCAAAUAUAAAAACGCAACUUCAACGGUGCAGGCAUUAAAGAAAAAAUACCAAGAGCAACGUUUGGCGAAACAACGAAUAAAGAACAAAUUCAAAGCAUCGUGUGUAAUGACAACUCGCUCAUCGACCGAUCGUACAUUGCACAAAAGUCUUCCAAAAAUACAACCUAGAAAAUUUGUACCCAGAACCGAAAAAAAAAGACGAGAUGGUUUGCGAAGCGGUGGAUUCGUUGACAAGUCGAAAAAAGUAAUUAUUCCGAGGAGCAAGGUUACGAGAAAUUUGACCCCAAAGAGAAAAAAAAGACCAAGCAUAAAGGAAGAAUCGAGCGAGUCCGAAGAUUCGGAAACGACUACGUCCCACGAUGAGGAGGAAUCGCGAGCGAAGAAUUCAACGCUGAUUCGAAAAACAGGAACAAUUACGAAACCAAUCCAGAAGAAAAUAUGCACGAGAAGUAAAUCGGAAAUGAGAAGAAUUACGAGAUCUCAAAGAGAAAGUUCGACGACCAAGCAAACCGGUAUGUCGAGAAGACCAACGAGAAAAACGAAAGAAGCAGCUGCCGUUUAUAUGGAAAUAUUAGGUCGAAAACUGGUAAGUCCAGAGCUUGAAAAUGAGGAUAAUAUUUCAGUGGACAGUUUUCCCGAGUUGCCGAAUGCCCGACGCACCGCACAAGCGGAAAAUGAAAUAAGAGCGAAAACUAAUAAAGCGGUGGCGGCGGGAUCGGGAACAACGGUUAAGAGCGUUAAAGAGACUAAGCAAAAGGAUUCAAACAAUGAGGAAAAUAUAGCGAGCAGAACGAGAACUAAACCGGAAAAGGAUCGGAUUUCGAAGAGCAAAAGGACACUUCGAGUCAGAAGAUAUUGCGAAUUGGACAGUGAAGACGAUUCAGAAAGUUCGAUAGAGCCGGAAAAGCCGAAACAGCAGUCGACGCCACGUCGGCGGAGGCCGGCCAAAAUUGAACAACCCUCGCCUCGAAGUUUGCGUUCCUCUUCGCGGAAUCAAUCGGCGAAAGUUGAAAAAGUCAGUAUCAAGAGGACGAAAGAAAGAUUGGCCAAGCGUCCGAAAGCAGUGAUAAAAAAGUCGGUAGUAGAGCACGAGGGGAGAGAUGAUUCCGAAGGGGAAGAAUCAUUGGUGAAUUUAUUGAACAAAAUGAGCAAGAAGAGGGGGAACCUCGAAAAAGUUGCAAAAUCGGCUGGAAAAGUUGAUCCACAGAGGCAGCCAAUAGAGAAUAAUGAAACGAAAUUCGAGGUAUCGGAAAGUACGAGACAAAAAGAAACUCUGAUCGCAGCGUCACAAGUCUCCGACGACGAGGAAUCUUUUCGAGGUUUCACGAAAAAGGCGAUAUCAAAAGUCCUAAAUUCUUGCAAUUCUCACGCAAGUGCGAAUCUUUUGGCGAGCGAAGAAGCCUCGUGCAAUCUCGAGUCGAGCCAAGAAGAAUGUCCAAAAAUCGAAAUUGGCACGAAAUCGUCUGAUAAAUCGCUCGAAAAAUUAAUAAUCGAUGAUUCAUCACGAGACUUGGGUAUAUCGAGUGUAAAAUCGUUUCAAACGACUACAAUCGUUGGGAAAAUUCAAGAGGAAAAUUCUAGUGUCGAGGCGUCCACGAAAUUGGAUGAAAAAUGCAAUCAUCCGGCGUUGAAUGUUACAGGAACAAUAAAUCUAAUGGAUAUACCGAUCAGCGGUAUUCACGGUCGUAAAGGGCGAGUCAACAUGUCGACGGAACAGAUUGAAAAAUGGUUGAACGACAGCUCUAUGGCGCGUGAAAAGUCACGAGAAAAAUCGGAGCCCGAAACACCUACGAAUUUUCAUCAUUUCGACAUGCCGGCGACGGCGAGCAAGGUAAAAUCCGAAAGUAGUAGUAAUCACUUGUCGAUACCAACGAGAAUUCAACAUCUCGUACGCCCGGUCAAUGUGACGAUAUCGAAGUUGGUAGAAAAGUCAUUGGCUCGUGAACGAUCCAACAACAAUUGUAACAAAAUAAUCACCAAUAUCGUCGAACUCGAACGUUUUUCAAAUAUUACAAAACAGUUGAAUAUUCCAACGCCGAACAGGAACAAAAUAAACGCGGAUAUAAAAGAGAUAAUAAAGGGCCGGAAUGGUAAAGGAGGAACGAAGGAAGAUAAGUCAACGACGGGAGAGGAGAGCGACGGUGUUUCAAAAUCUGAUCAAAAUUCGGUCGACGGUUCGUCGCCGGAGAAAAAAACGACGCCGGAGAAAAAGCCAAUGUUUCAACAGCGAAAAACAUUUUUGUCAAAAGUUAAGGAACGGAAAACCACGAUUCCUAGUGCAAAUGCCUUUUCACCGGAAAACGAGAGUAGCGUUUAUGCUUUUGAGAGCGACACGGAAAUACCGAUAAAUACGCCAUUUCGUAGAAAAUUCAAGGAACAAACUAACAAGCAAAAUUUCGGAGAAUCGGAAAUACCAAGACCGCCGCCGGAAUUCGUUGAGAAUUCUUUGACUAAUAAAUCAAUUAACGAUGAUGAUUUGAGAAUUGACAAAUUCGUUGUUCCCAAAACUUUUGGAAAUUUGUCUCAGAUGCAAGUUUUGCCGUUGGAUAAAAUGUCAGCCGAAUGGAGCGCUAUCAAUUGCAAUGCCUCAAUCGCGGUACAGGUGAAUUUUGAUGAGCAGUCACGAGAAAUUCAGCCUUCCCAACAGCACCAACAGCAGCAGCAGCAGCAGCAGCAGCAGCAGCAGCAACAGCAACAAAAACAACAACAACAACAACAACAAGAUAAACAACAAGAGCAACAAGGACAAACAAGGGAUGGUAAAUUAUUAGGAAAAGAGGAGAAAUCGAUGGUACAAGAUAAAAAUGAGGACGCAGUUAUUGGGCAACAAAAGUCGACGGAAAUAUCGACGCAGACAGAAAGCACGAAUGAAAACGAGAACGAGAACGAUGGUCACGUUUUUUAUAUACCGUUGCAAACUGUCAGUAGAAACGGACCGAAUCUAGUUCAAGGUCAACAAUUGAUACAGGGAGUCGCUGUUAAAUUGGGCACUGAAGGUCCCAACGGUCCCAAUCAAAGAGUCUUGUUAAGAGCUCAAUUAGUCACGAAACCACCUAUAACCGUAGCUCGGUGUCCUCCUGUCGGUACCGUCCAACCGACAACUCGCAAUCCACCAAAUUCUUCUAGCUCUACCACUUCCGUUCUCGACCAUCCCUACGCCGUCCUUGAUCCUAUCCAUCAGCAACAGCAACCCUCCACUUCGGGCAAUUCUAACGCUUGUCUUCUUCAAACCAUUACGGAUUCCGUUACUUCUCAGACUCCAACUCCAUCGGGUUCCAGUCCAGCCAGCAGACUCGUUGCUUCUCAUCUCAAUGCCAAUGAAACAACUAUCGCUACUGCUACAAAAUCACCGAAAAGUGUCCGUGAAAGAAAACCUUCGGUCGAUUCGACCAAAACUGCCAAAAGAGUUUCGGCAAAAACACGACAAAAAAUGUCCGAAAUCUUAUCGCCUACGAACUCGACAAUAUUUCCCGGCUCGGGCAACUCGAUGAAAACGGAAGCACGGCUCGUUGAGGCACCGACCUUUCAUCCGACCGAAAAAGAUUUUCAGGAUCCCCUCGAGUAUAUCGAUAAAAUAAGAUCGAUCGCUGAGAAAUUUGGUAUUUGCCGAGUCGUACCACCUGCAAAUUUCAAGCCUGAAUGCAAAGUUUCGGACGACAUGCGUUUCACAGCGUACAAUCAAUACGUUCAUCGCAUGUUGCAUCGUUGGGGUCCGAAUGUCAAGGAAAUGAUGGCUAUUAAGAAAUAUCUUGCGACACAGAGUAUCACUCUUACUCAUCCUCCAUGGAUCGGUGGAAUGGAAGUGGAUUUGCCGCACUUAUACCAAACGGUGCAGAGUCUCGGUGGUUUGAAGGAAGUAAUUGAGAAGAAAAAAUGGCAAAAAGUUGCUGACGGUAUGAAAAUACCAAAAUCUGCGCAGGAUCGUGUCACCAAACUCGAUGAUAUUUAUUGCAAAUAUUUAUUACCAUAUGACACUUUAUCGCCGGAGGAACGAAGCAAUCUUUUCGACGACGUCGAGGAAGAUUGGAAAAAGAGAGAAACAAGGACUUUGCAACGGCUCGAUGCGCAAUCCACCGAUAACGAUGACGAGGAAGACGAUGAUAGUUCGGACGAGAUUGAAGAAUGCAUCAUUAAAGGACGAAACAUGCCAUUGAAUGCUUUUUAUCGGAUCGCACGAAAUACUCAACGAAUGUGGUUCGGUGAGAACCAACGACCGGGAAACGAAGCCGAGGGGGCUUCGGCCAUCGAAGUCGAAGCUGCUUUUUGGAAACACGUGGCCGAGAGGAGACGUCACGUUUGUGUUCAUGCAGCUAGCAUAGAUUCGAGCGGGCGAGGUUUUGGUUUUUCCGUGGCUAAAAACAGCCCUUUCGCAAGACAUCCGUGGAAUCUCAAAGUUCUUACCAAUAACGCUGGCUCGGUAUUACGAGCUUUGGGCCCCUUGAUGGGAGUUACCGUGCCAACCCUCCACGUGGGAAUGCUCUUCAGUGCUUGUUGUUGGUAUCGCGAUCCUCAUGGACUUCCCUGGAUCGAGUACCUUCACACGGGAGCCAAAAAAAUUUGGUAUGGAAUUCCGGACGAGCGCAACAAUCAUUUUCGAGAAGCUCUCUCCAAAAUGGUACCGCGUUAUUGUAAGAAGAAAACUAUAUGGCUGCCGUCGGACACCGCCAUGGUGCCGCCGGAAUUAUUAGUCAACAAUGGUGUACCCCUGUGCCGUACCGUCCAAGAGCCUGGACAAUUCAUCAUUGUUUUUCCAAAAGCCUUUACAUCGAGUAUCUGCACCGGUUAUGUCGUAUCCGAGAGCGUUUACUUCGCCCAGCCUGCCUGGCUCGAAAACGCCGAACAAGUAUUUAAAGAUUUACAGGACAGCUGUGAACCAUCGAUAUUCUCCUUCGAAAGACUCUUAUUCAGCAUCAUCAAUGAUUCUCGCUCUCAGUACGAUGUGUUGAAACAGAUUAUGCCAGUUGUGAUAAAAAUUCGUGAACGCGAACACGAGUACAGGAAACAAUUGGAGUACAUCGGUUUGGUGGACAAAGAAAAAUUACCACUGCCAGGUACGGGAAAAGGAAAGAAAGGGAAAAAAAUCAAGGAGGAAGAUGGUGACUUUGAGUGUGAGACUUGCCGGGCCAAUUUGUUCGUUUCUCUCGUAAAUAAUUCACAAGACGACAGCAUGUAUUGUCUACCGCACGCUCUCCAAAUGAUCGUACGGAAGAAGCAAGUACUGAAAAAUUGUACUCUCAUGUACACGUAUACGGAGGAUGAAUUGGAUGAUUUGAUACACAAGUUGGAAGAUAGAAUCGAAGCCAAGUCGAAGAAACCUAAUCAAAUCAGGCAAUCUAAAUAGUAAUUUACUCUUAUUAUACGGAUAUAUAAUUUAUUGGCAAAAAUUAUACGUCUUUUAUAGAUAUUUAUAGACUUUCGUGAAUUCUGAUGUGAAUUUGAAACAAGCAGAGUCUCGUCAGAAGUCUUACACCUCUUAAGGUGAUGGAGCAGUCGCUAUCUCGCCACCGUGAGUGCUAGAGAGAUAGCUGCAAUUUUCGAAAUUGAAUAUGUUCGACACGGUUUGAUCAAUAAAAAAAAGCCCCUGUCAGCGUAUUUUUGCCAUCUUUCCGCGUCCGCUGACAGAGCCUUUUUUUAAUUAGUCAAACGACAGCGGAGAAUUUUCAUUUCGAAAAUUCGAGGUGAGGUUAAUCGACUGAUCCAUGCUCUUAAUUGCAGGUUGGAAAAAAAAAUGAAUACUAGAAAAUUAGUAAAAAAGAUGACAGCACCUCUCUUCUAUUCGUAUUCUAGAUUUUAUUGACUCGGUAUCGUUGUGUGGAUUUUUUUAUUCCUUCACUUCUCAAUCGCCGAUAAUUCAUAAAAUGUGAUAAACGAUGGAAGCAGAAUGUUAGAAUUGUAAUAGUCGAAUUGAAAGACGAUCGAUCGAGAAUGAAGAAAGAAGAGUAAAAAAAAAAAAUAAAAUAAAAUAAAAUAAGGUAUAAUAGCGCAUAAUGCCAAAUUUCAAUCGGUUUCUGUGCUUCUCACUAUUGGCCCGCGUCGUUGUCCUUCGGUGUUCAAAGAUCGAUAUUACCGAUUUAACCAAGUGCCAAAAAAUCCACUUUUUUCAAUGUUUUUUUUCUCUUCAUCAAUCAAUCGUUAUUGAUAACAAAAAAUUGAAGGUAAAUAAUUAGUAUAAAUGUCCGUAGUAGUAAAUUUAUUUGUUCAUAGAUUUCGAUUCUCCAAAAAUUUGUAAUAGCCUUUUUUUUCUCGUUACUCCUUCAUUAUACUCGAAGAUAUAUUUUACUCGCAAAUUUUACAAGACAAAUGUAUGAAAAGCCCAAAUAUUGAAAUAAACAUGUUUUCCCUUCGGUGAGCAAUAA